CAGCCUGCUGCCGCCGCCGCCGCCAGCUUGUCCCUCAGACUGUCAGAUAAAGCGGCGGGCCGGGCCGGCUGGCCGGUGAGCACGGCCGGGCCGGACAUGGCGGCGCUCUACGCCUGCACCAAGUGCCACCAGCGCUUCCCCUUCGAGGCGCUGUCUCAGGGGCAGCAGCUGUGCAAGGAAUGUCGGAUUGCACACCCUGUUGUGAAGUGCACCUACUGUAGAACUGAGUACCAGCAGGAGAGUAAAACCAAUACAAUAUGCAAGAAAUGCGCUCAGAAUGUGCAGUUAUAUGGAACGCCCAAACCUUGUCAGUACUGCAACAUAAUUGCAGCGUUUAUUGGCAACAAAUGCCAGCGCUGCACGAAUUCAGAGAAGAAGUAUGGACCACCAUAUUCGUGUGAACAGUGUAAGCAGCAGUGCGCAUUUGACAGGAAAGAUGACAGAAAGAAGGUAGAUGGGAAAUUGCUGUGCUGGCUUUGUACACUUUCAUACAAACGAGUCCUUCAGAAGACCAAAGAGCAGAGGAAACAUCUGAGCAGCUCUUCCCGUGCCAGCCACCAGGAGAAGGAACAGUAUAGUCGACUGAGUGGUGGCAGCCACUAUAACAGCCAGAAAACACUUUCUACAUCUUCAAUUCAAAAUGAAAUCCCAAAGAAAAAAUCCAAGUUUGAGUCAAUCACAACCAAUGGAGACAGCUUUUCCCCAGACCUGGCUCUGGACUCACCAGGCACUGACCACUUUGUCAUCAUUGCCCAACUGAAGGAAGAAGUAGCCACUCUGAAGAAGAUGCUGCAUCAAAAGGAUCAAAUGAUUUUAGAGAAAGAGAAGAAGAUCACAGAGUUGAAGGCUGAUUUCCAAUACCAAGAAUCUCAGAUGAGAGCCAAAAUGAACCAGAUGGAGAAAACCCACAAAGAAGUCACAGAGCAAUUGCAGGCCAAAAACCGAGAGCUCCUGAAGCAGGCAGCUGCCUUGUCCAAGAGCAAGAAGUCUGAGAAGUCAGGAGCUAUAACCUCUCCAUGAGAGACCAUAAGGAGGCUCCCAGCCAAUAGCAGCGGGAUUCCUGGGUUAGGCUUGGUGACCAGGCUGUUCUCGGGAAUUGCAAGCUUUCUUAAGAAAUCUCUAUUUUAUUACAGUUACCCUUCUUUGUGGGAUUGCAGUGGGCUGAAUGGAAACAUCUGGUUAGUGCUGUGUCAUGACUGCAUGCUUGGAUGUUUGGGGUUCCAAGCUCUUUGUCUCAUGCUCUCACUCCUCUUCCCCCCCACACCCAACCCCCAGUACUACUCUCUGUCUCUCUGUCUCUCCCUUUUGGUACUACUCUUUGUGUGUGUGUGGUGGUCACUGCUCAGUGUUAUGUGCAGAAUGAUUUUUUGUUUGUUUGUUUGUUUUUGUUUUUUUUUUUUGUCCAUCAUUGCAUCCUGCCAUACCCAUAAGCAAAUAGUUUGACAUUAAUUACAUAUCACUGCCACCCUCUGAACUUUGAAAACUGCCACCUUAAGACUUGGUAAAUGGAAGAGGCUUUCUCUCUCCAAUAAACCUUUUGCUUCAGGGUAUAUUCUUGGGUUUUUUUCCAGGUAUAUUAUGUAUGAACUUUGUACUAUGUAUAGCCAGAGUUUUAUUUAUUUUUUAAAAAAAGAAACUUUUUCUUGAUAAAGGAAUAAUGGUAGCCUAGCUUGUUCUUCUUGUAAAAGUGAUGCCUCUUAAAAAAAGUUCUACUCUCUACCUUUUCGUAAAGGAAUAAGACCUUUUCUUGUUACCUUGGAGUCUUAAAAACUGAUUGCUGAGGUGAAACAAUUCAAUGCAGAAGUAUGGAGUUAAGUGCCUUUUGGAGGAUUUCUUGGAAGAGCAUUUAAGAAGAGGAUACUUAAGGGAGAUAGCAAAGAUUUGAACAGUCUGUCUUUUUAAAGUAAGGGCAGAAAGAAAGGUUGUCCAGGUUUUACUGGACAUUCCCUCCCCUAUCCCUUUUUUGAUUGUUUUAUGUGACUGAUUUUAAAUUCUCACACUGCCACUUCUUUAAAAAAAAAAAAAAAGCACCCUUAUAUCAGUGGUUAUAUUGGGCCAUUGUCAGAGAACAUUUUUUUUUUUAAAU